ACAUUGCCUGGUUUUAGUUGGCGCCCCAAUCAGUAUUUUCCCAAACGUGGAGCCUACAACAUGACGAACUGUACAUUGACUUUGGUGGUCUUCUGCUUGGCCAGCAGCUGCCUGGCUGCUCCUGCCACCCAGGAGAGGAUUGAGACCGAUCCGGAGCUGACAGCUGGCUACAUUGAGGGUGAUAUGGUACCCAGUCCACUGGGAAGAAAUGGACUGCUUAAUGAGACCUACAGGUGGCCCGAUCGCACGGUUUACUAUUACAUAAAUCCGGAUAUUGAUACCGAACAUCGCAAUCACAUUAUCCGCGGCAUUCGCAUCAUCGAACGUGACUCUUGUCUGGUCUUCAAGGAGGCCACCACGGACCAGACAUACUAUAUUAAUGUCACCUCGGAGGCUGGUGGCUGCUACUCGUAUGUGGGUCAUCUCAACAGGGUCCAGCAAUUGAAUUUGCAGAACUAUGCCUUGGACUCUGGCUGCUUCCGGCUGGGCACAAUUGUUCAUGAGUUCCUCCAUGCCAUGGGCUUCUAUCAUCAGCAGAGCACAUGGAAUCGCGAUGACUAUGUCCGCAUUGCCGAGGAGAAUAUUACGGAGGGAACGCAGAACAAUUUCAACAAGUACGAUAAUGAGACAGUUACGGAUUACGGAGAGCCCUAUGACUACGGCAGUGUCCUGCACUACACGGCAUAUGCGUUCUCCAAGAAUGGAGAGAUGACCAUUGUGCCGCUCCAAGAGGGAGCCGAGGAGGUCAUGGGUCAGCGCCUGCAGAUGAGUCAGUCGGAUAUUAACAAGCUGAAUAUUAUGUACAAGUGCCCCAGGCAGGUGUAAUUUAAAGGGGAUAUUAAAUAUUUUGCCAUUAGAUCGAGAUUGGAUUUGAGUUCCAUCUUAAUAAAAAUUCAGUAGGAUUUUUAGAAA